AUGCCCCCCUGGGUCCCCAACGAAGAAGUCUUUGAGCGGCCUCACUACCGCCUCAACCGGAGGGAACUGGUGGAACUCGCACGCGCCCUGGGUUUGGACGAGCAAGGGAACGUCACCGAACUGAAGGCUCGCACGAAACAAGCUCUUCGGACUCGCAUCGACCAGCUCAUCGACCACCCGGCCUUCACCAACUUAUACACCGCCAGGGAGAAGAGCGACUACGAACAGGAGCGAGACCGCGGCGAGGAGGAGGACGACUCGUGGCAGGGCAUAGACGGAGCAUCCACAGACGCGGA